AUGGCUUCACCAAAGGGCCCUGACGCGUCCCUGGCGCCAUCUGGGGAGCAAACUACCCCUCCAGCUUCGUCAACAUCACUUGACGGCGUCACAUCAAAGAAGCAGCCCCCGCCAGAGACGACGGAAAGCCUGUGGCUGCGGCGGCUUGCCAUUCUGUCCUUUUGGGCCGUGGUAGUCUUCCUAGGGUUGCCAAUAUGGCUGAAGACGACAGCCAUAUACAGAGCGGAGCUGCCACUGCAGGACAUGACAGACUGGGCUGAAGGCAAGAUCUGCCAGCCCGUCUUUCCUCUACGCAUUGCCGUCGAAGCCCCAAUUCUUCCCGAAGAUGCACAGCACAUUCUCCGCGCGACGCAACAUGCCCUCGACGAGCUCAACCAAUUCCCUGCGCACCAUCUUCGCCUUUUGCUUGCCGACUCUCCCCUGCUAUCGAACGCCACACAACAGGUUGUCAGCGAUGGAACAAGCAUACGGAGCAAUGACAAGGAUGUCGUUUUGGUUGUCCGAUUGAUACCCGUGGAGACGGGGGCGACGCCUCGAUCACACCUGCAGCCAUACUCGCCUACACUAGACGUCUAUUACUCGGCAAGCCAGAUCCCUCCGCAGUCCCCGGACGGCCAGCCUCUCGCAACUUUUCUAGCGCAGGAGCUCCAUGGUCUGUUCACUGAAGAGCAGGCCCAGUUGGCACAUCUCUUGUCUACGCACAAUACCAACUCGAAGAGUCUGUCUCCUGAGACUUCAGCAGAGCUCGAACACCAGUCGGCUAAAACCCUCAAAUACGCCCCAAGCUACCAUCUGACGUUCUCAUUGUUCAGUCCGUCGUAUGCGCCAUCCGCGUGGGACAUUGAGACGGCACUUCGCACGUACCUCAAUCCUCUGCUUGAGUCGUUCUCAUCCAUCAGCAACUUCACCGUCGACACCCAAGUUCAGCUUUAUGCUACCUUCUCCCCCUCCAUUCGCCAACCCGAGUACGAUGAAGACCUCAAAGCUUGGACCCUUCGCAGAGAGGAUCUCAGUGGCUUCAUCAAUGCGGCGGAGUGGCCCCUUAGCCCUAGUAUUGGCGAAGGCCCGACUGUCAACUUCAUCCUCUAUGUACCAGAUCAGACCCAAUCACCGCUUCUAGUCAAAGAGAACUCAGGGAACAGCUGGAUGGUUCCUCAAUGGGGAGGCGUGCAUAUUCUAAACUUACAGGGCGAGUCAGGCACGCCGCCUGCGCUGACAGCAGAAGCGCUGGCACCAGCUAUGCACACCUUCUCCAACCAGCUAGUUUCGUUAUUCGGCUUACCAAAUACCCCAGCGUCGCUACCACUACGCAUCUCGACGCUUGAACGUGUACGAGCUGCAUCACUCAUCUACUCGGCGUCUUCAACUCUGGGCGCGCUGGCCCAGGUAUAUCGCAAGCUUCCCUCCAUCCCCGUGCCAGACAACGUCGCUCAGUCUGCCCACCGUACUAUUGCGCAUCUGCAGCAAGCUUGUGCCUUUCUUCGAGAGGGUCGCUUCCAGAGCGCGCUUGAACAUGCCCGAGCUGCAGAAGUGGCGGCGGAAAAAGCUUUCUUCGAGAGGUCUAUGGUCGGCCAGGUCUAUUUUCCAGAUGAGCACAAGGUUGCCGUCUACUUGCCACUCCUAGGACCGGUCGCUGUGCCUCUAGUCAUGGCUGCUCUCAAGGAAUUGAAAUCAGCACUAAAGCGGACCACAGUUUUGCACUGGCACAGGGACGGCACGGCUCGAUUACGAUGCCACUCUUUUGUCACCUGCAUGGCUUGGUACCCCGCCAAAAGCUGGUCACAAUACACGAGCUCCUUCGUAGCGUUCCUGCAGGGAUCAGCCUGCUGUGGGGUAGCUUGGACUAGAAAAGUAACCUUUCCCUCUUGCAAACUAGCUACCCCAAUACUCAAGAUGCCUCUCUCUGCUCAGGGUAUUGCAAACGUCAAGGGCAUAAUCGACCAAUCUGUCAAAGAUGGCGCGCCUGGUCUCGUCUUCUCGGCUGUGGACAAAUCGGGCAAGACGCUCGUCGACCAUGCAAGUGGCACCAUCGGCGUGGACUUGCAAGAGCCCAUGGACAAGGACAACACAAUCUUCUGGAUCGCUUCAUGCACAAAGCUUGUCACGACAGUUGCAGUGCUCCAACUCGUUGAGCAGGGCAAAAUUCCCCUCGACGAUGCAGACUUUGUGAAGAAAGCAGUACCCGAGAUCAAGGAGAAGAAGGUCUACGCAGAUGGCGUCAAUGCGGCUGAUCAGGAGAAGGAUGUCACGGUCAGGAUGCUGCUUGCGCACAAGGCAGGCUUUGCUUACGCAUUCAUCGAUCCGCGUGUUCAGACCCCGACUGGACUCGAGGGUGUGAAUGGUGAUAAGAAUGAUAUCUUGAACGCGCGACUGGUCAACCAGCCGGGCACGAUGUGGGAAUAUGGAAUCAACAUGGACUGGGCAGGCAUCAUUCUGGAGCGCAUCACUGGCCAGACUCUCGGGGUCUACUUCGCAGAGCACAUCUUCAAGCCCCUUGGCAUCCCAGCCGAAGGCGCGAGCAUGUUUCCGACACAGGACGCGCAGAAGAACUUGGCGCACUUGCACCAGCGUGAUGCAGAAGGCCACCUGAAGGAGCGCGAGCAUCUAUUCAGCGCAUCUCUGCGCCAGAAUACAAAGGAGCAGCAGGACAAGUUCUUCCAAUCUGGUGGAGCGGGCUUAUUCUCGAAGCCGAAGGAGUAUGUCAAGAUCCUCGCAGCGAUUUUAAACGAGGGGAAGAGUCCGACUACAGGCGAAAGCAUCUUGAAAAAGGAGACUGUCGACCUGCUCUUUGAGAACCAGAUUCCUAACCAACCCGACUUUGCGCGCAACGGCCCGCCCCCAGCAAAUCCUCUCCUUGCCAACGCAGCGUCGGAACUUUACCCACAGCCGGGUAAUCCUCCUCAGGGCUGGGCCUUCGGCGGCUUCUUGACGAUCACACCCGGUCCCACGGGACGUGGAGCUAAUACAAUAUGGUGGAUGGGUCUAGCUAAUUGCUUCUGGUGGAUGGACAGAGAGAAGGGCGUGGCUGGUAUGCUUGCGAGCCAGGCACUGCCCAACCCGGACCCUAAGGUCAUCCCGGCGUGGUUCAUGGCCGAGAAGAUGAUCUACGACAAUCUGGAGUAA